UGACAAAAUUGAACCCACCAGCAGUGUGAGGAGACCUGAAAGUGGCACAUGGCAGAGAGUGUGGUGAUGGAUAGACAGCAGCAAUGGAGGCCGUACAGGACCCAUGAGACACUCUGGACCUGGCAGCAGCAAAGAGAGGCGGGCGGUUACGGCGGCCCAUGGCAGAUUACGGGCCGGCAGCAGCAAUGGGAGGCCCGUAAUCUGCCAGCACCCUAUGACAAAAUGGAACCCAACCAGCAGUGUGAGGAGACCUGAAAGUGGCACUAUGGCAGAGUUUUCUGGCGAUGGAGACAGCAGCAAUGGGAGCCGUACAGGGACCCAUGACGACACACUGGACCUGGCAGUCCAGCAU